GUUUUUUGAGAACUGGGAGCCAGAAACAUGUUACAGAGCUGAUAUUUCAUGGCUCUGGAACAGUCCCUCCCCUGGGGCCGGAUCGCUGUCAGCUCUGCAGUCCUCCUCCUAGUUGCUCAAAUCUCCUUACAGAAGUUCGGCCGUGCGCAGGGGACCCCGGCUCAGAUAACCAUGACAACCGCCUGACCCAACGCGCUCUUCCUCUCCGCCCUCCUCCGAGGGGGACGCGUUGGCAGUGUUGCCCACGGUGUCCCUGGAGCAGCCGGCCUUGCUUCUGCUGGGGGAGCCACUCGGCAGCCCAGCUGUGUGGGACUGAGGCAGCCUCCACUCGCGUGCGCGCGGGGCCCUGCGAACAGCCGCCUUACCGGGUUGGUUUUUGAGAGUUGAGAGAAGCCGAAGCUUGAAGAGCUAUGAUGGCCGUCAACAAGGGCCCAGCCUUGCUGGACGGAGACCUCCCCGAGCAGGAGAGCGCAUUGCAGCGGGUCCUGCAGCUGCCGGUGGUGAGCGGCACCUGUGAGUGUUUCCAGAAGACCUACGCCAGCACCAAGGAAGCCCACCCGCUGGUGGCCUCUGUCUGCAAUGCCUACGAGAAGGGCGUGCAGGGCGCCAGCAGCCUGGCGGCCUGGAGCAUGGAGCCGGUGGUCCGCAGGCUGUCCACCCAGUUCAUAGCUGCCAACGAGCUGGCCUGCCGAGGCCUGGACCACCUGGAGGAGAAGAUCCCAGCCCUCCAGUACCCUCCUGAAAAGAUUGCCUCUGAGCUGAAGGACACCAUCUCUACCCGCCUUCGCAGUGCCAGGAACAGCAUCAGCGUGCCCAUCGCCAGCACUUCAGACAAGGUCCUGGGGGCCGCUCUGGCCAGCUGUGAGCUUGCCUGGGGGGUAGCCAAGGACACUGCCGAGUAUGCCGCCAACACCCGAGCUGGCCGGCUGGCCUCUGGAGGGGCCGACUUAGCCCUGGGUGGUGUUGAGAAGAUGGUAGACUUUCUCCUCCCUUCAGCCAAGGAAGAGUCAGCGCCUGCUCCAGGACACCAGCAGACCCAGAAGCCCCCCAAAGCCAAGCCAAGCCUCGUGCACAGGGUUGGGGCCCUGGCCAACACCCUCUCUCGGCACACCUUCCAGACCACAGCGCGGGUGCUGAAGCAGGGCCACUCCCUGGCCAUGUGGAUCCCAGGUGUGGCACCCCUGAGCAGUCUGGCCCAGUGGGGCGCGUCGGCCGCCAUGCAGGUGGUGUCGCGGCGGCGGAGUGAGGUGCGCGUGCCCUGGCUGCACAACCUCGCCGCCGCCCAGGACGAGGACCACGACGACCGGACGGACACCGAGGGAGAGGAGACGGAGGAGGAGGAGGAAUCGGACAUGGAGGAGAACCAGCUCAACGAGGUGGCAGCCCUGUCCAGCGCGCAAGGCCUCCUGGGCGGCGUGGCCCACACGCUGCAGAAAGCGGUCCAGAGCACCAUCUCCGUCGUUACGUGGGCGCCUGCGGCGGUGCUGGGCUCGGCAGCGAGGAUGCUUGGCCUCGCCCCGGCCAGUGCUGUCUCCUCCACCAAAGGGAGGGCCAUGUCCCUGUCAGAUGCCCUGAAGGGCGUCACUGACAACGUGGUCGACACGGUGGUCCACUAUGUGCCGCUCCCCAGGCUGUCCCUGAUGGAGCCCGAGAGCGAAUUCCGGGACAUCGAAGAGGUGGUGCGCCAGGAGGCGGAGCGCAGGGCGUCUGGGGUGCCGCCCGUGGGCCCGGAGCCCGCGCGGCGUCCUUCGCAGCCCCGCGGAAGCCUGCGGCCCGCGCGCAGCCCCGGGGCGCCCCCCAGCCCGGCGCCGGAGGACAGGGUGGACGCGCCCCCCGCGCUGCGCCCGGCCUUCCCGGCGGUGGCCCGCGAGAAGCCGAGGCGCAGGGUCAGCGACAGCUUCUUCCGGCCCAGCGUCAUGGAGCCCAUCCUGGGCCGUGCGCAGUACAGCCAACUGCGCAAGAAGAGCUGA